AUGAGGCCGCGCUCGGGCGGGCGCCCAGGGGCCCCGGGCCGCCGCCGCCGCCGCCUCCGCCGCCGACCCCGCGGUCCCCGCGGCCCCCGCGGCCACCGCCUGCCGCCGCCGCCGCCGCUGCCGCUGCUGCUCGGGUUGCUGCUGGCGGCCGCGGGGCCCGGCUCGGCGCGGGCCAAGGAGACGGCGUUCGUGGAGGUGGUGCUGUUCGAGUCGAGCCCGAGCGGCGACUACACCACCUACACCACCGGCCUCACGGGCCGCUUCUCGCGGGCCGGGGCCACGCUCAGCGCGGAGGGCGAGAUCGUGCAGAUGCACCCACUGGGCCUAUGUAAUAACAAUGACGAAGAGGACUUGUAUGAAUAUGGCUGGGUAGGAGUGGUGAAGCUGGAACAGCCAGAAUUGGACCCAAAACCAUGCCUCACUGUCCUGGGCAAGGCCAAGCGAGCAGUGCAGCGGGGAGCCACUGCAGUCAUCUUUGAUGUGUCUGAAAACCCAGAAGCUAUCGACCAGCUAAACCAGGGCUCAGAAGACCCACUCAAGAGGCCAGUGGUGUAUGUGAAGGGCGCAGAUGCCAUCAAGCUGAUGAACAUCGUCAACAAACAGAAAGUGGCUCGAGCAAGGAUUCAACACCGUCCCCCUCGACAACCCACGGAAUACUUUGACAUGGGGAUUUUCCUGGCUUUCUUUGUCGUGGUCUCCUUGGUCUGCCUCAUCCUCCUUGUCAAAAUCAAGCUAAAACAGCGACGCAGUCAGAAUUCCAUGAACAGGCUAGCUGUGCAGGCUCUGGAGAAGAUGGAAACCAGAAAGUUCAACUCCAAGAACAAGGGGCGCCGGGAAGGGAGCUGCGGGGCCCUGGACACACUCAGCAGCAGCUCCACGUCUGACUGUGCCAUCUGCCUUGAGAAGUACAUCGACGGAGAGGAGCUGCGGGUUAUCCCCUGUACUCACCGCUUUCACAGGAAGUGCGUGGACCCAUGGCUGCUGCAGCACCACACCUGUCCCCAUUGUCGGCACAAUAUCAUAGAGCAAAAGGGAAACCCAAGCACUGUAUGCGUGGAGACCAGCAACCUCGCACGCAACCGGCAGCAGAGGGUGAUCUUGCCGGUGCACUACCCUGGCCGCGUGCACAGGACCAACGCCAUCCCAGCCUACCCUACGAGGACAAGCAUGGACUCUCACGGGAACCCCGUCACCCUGCUGACUGUGGACCGGCAUGGGGAGCAGAGCCUCUAUUCACCACAGACCCCCACCUACAUCCGAGGCUACCCACCCCUCCACCAGGACCACACCCUGGCUCCUCACCGCUGUGGCCUGGAGCACCGGGCCUACUCACCAGCCCACCCCUUCCGCAGGCCCAAGUUCAGUGGCCGCAGCUUCUCCAAGGCAGCUUGCUUCUCCCAGUAUGAGACCAUGUACCAACACUACUACUUCCAGGGCCUUAGCUACCCUGAGCAGGAGGGACAGGGCCCACCCAGCCUCGUUCCCAGGGGCCCGUCCCGUGCCUUUCCCCCGAGUGGCAGUGGCAGCCUGCUCUUCCCCACUGUGGUGCAUAUGGCCCCGCCCUCCCACCUGGAGAGUGGCAGCACAUCCAGCUUCAGCUGCUACCAUGGCCACCGCUCAGUGUGUAGUGGCUACCUGGCUGACUGCCCGGCCAGCGACAGCAGCAGCAGCAGCAGCUCUGGCCAGUGCCACUGCUCUUCCAGCGACUCGGUGGUAGACUGCACUGAGGUCAGCAACCAGGGCGUGUAUGGGAGCUGCUCCACCUUCCGCAGCUCUCUCAGCAGCGACUAUGACCCCUUCAUCUAUCGCAGCCGGAGCCCCUGUCGCACUAGCGAUGUAGGGGCCUCAGGCAGCUCGGGUCGGGGGCCUGUUGUACACCUUGAGGGCUCCCCGCCGCCUGAGGAGCUCCCGGCAGCCCACAGUCAAGGUGCUGGGCGGGGAGAGCCUUGGCCUGGCCCUGCCUCUCCCUCGGGGGACCAGCUGUCCACCUGCAGCCUAGAGAUGAACUACAGCAGCAACUCCUCUCUGGAGCACAGGGGGCCCAACAGCUCUACCUCAGAAGUGGGGCUUGAGGCUUCUGGGGCCACCCCAGACCUCAGGAGGACCUGGAAGGGGGGCCAUGAGGGGCCAUCAUGUGCCUGCUGCUGCGAGCCCCAGCCCUCCGCACUGGAGCCCAGCGUAGGAGUGGCUGGGGGCGGCACCUUGUUCCUGGGCCCUCCCCUCUGUGAGGGCUGUGGCCCCACAGGUGUGGAGUCACAGCCGGGUAGCUCCCAGGGCCUGUGUGGCCUUCACCCAGACCAUUUGCCCAGGACAGAUGGGGUGAAAUAUGAGGGCCUGCCCUGCUGCUUCUAUGAAGAGAAGCAGGUGGCCCACAGUGGCAGAGGGGGCAGCAGCUUCUACACUGAGGACUGCUCGGUGAGUGUGCAGUACACACUUGCCCAAGAGCCCCCACCCAGCUGCCACCCAGGGGCCCGGGACUUGAGCCAGCGCAUCCCCAUCAUUCCGGAGGAUGUGGACUGUGACUUGGGCCUGCCCUCAGACUGCCAAGGAACCCAUGGCCUUGGUCCCUGGGGUGGGACACUGGGCCCCGACACCCUGCAGCCCCACAGGAGCCUGGGAGGAGCCCAGGAAGGAGAGGGGGUUCUGUGCUGCCAGCCCAGGGCACCACUGCCACCUGUCUGCCCUCUGGAGAAGGCAGGAGCUGCCAGGGCCAGCUUCCCCAGUGCCUCCCAGGACACUCAGGAGUCCAACACCACAGCUGCUGAGGCUGCAGGACAGCGAUCUCGCCCAGCAGACAGCGGCAGCACAGGAGCCUGAGCCCAGAAGGAACUCUGUGGAAAUGGGAACUGUACGGAGACUUCAAACUCUGACUUAUUCAGAAAAAAAAAUUUUUUUUUAGCUUUGACAAACACACAAAAGUGGUAAUAAAGAGAGCCCUCCUUCUCAACCCAAAAUGUGAGCCCCUUGGGGCAACCCCCCAUCCCAUUAACAAACCAACAGACAAAAUUCUC